GGGCGGAGUUCUGGAGGUUUCCGCGUCAGCAUGACGUCAAUGGGGCGGGGUUUUGAAAUUACUGGGCGGGGUUACCGUUACAGGGAGUCUGAGAAACAUGUGACAUAGAGAGACGGGUGUAUAAUGAUGUGACACCCGUACACCCGAGCAUCGCCCGGCAGUAACAAGCGGACUCCCGACACAGAGCUUCAGGAUGGUCAUGAUGAGGGACAGCUGUGGUGCGGGCAGCGCCCCCCGCAGGCCGCUCCGGGUUGGCUUUUACGACAUUGAAGGGACUCUUGGCAAAGGAAAUUUUGCAGUGGUGAAACUGGCGCGGCACCGAGUGACCAACACGCAGGUCGCCAUUAAAAUUAUUGAUAAAACGCGGCUGGAUCGCGCAAAUCUGGAGAAGGUUUAUAGAGAGGUCCAGAUCAUGAAGCGUCUGCGUCACCCUCACGUGAUCCGGCUCUAUCAGGUGAUGGAGACCAGAGACAUGAUCUACAUCGUCACAGAGUACGCCAAGAAUGGGGAGUUAUUCGAUUACAUGACUGUGCGUGGCCGCCUGUCUGAGGAAGAGGCCCGGGACAAGUUCUUGCAGAUCCUGUCAGCCGUGGUGUAUUGUCACUCCCAAAAUAUCGUCCACCGAGACCUCAAGACCGAAAACUUACUGCUGGAUGAGAAUAUGGACAUCAAACUGGCAGAUUUUGGAUUUGGUAAUUUCUAUAUGGAAGGCCGGCCCCUGAAUACUUGGUGUGGCAGCCCCCCAUAUGCUGCUCCGGAGGUAUUUCAAGGAAAGGAGUACGAGGGUCCACUUCUAGACGUCUGGAGUUUGGGCGUUGUUCUGUAUGUUUUACUCUGUGGAUCGUUCCCCUUUGACGGACCAAACUUGCCAACCAUGCGACAGAGGGUCCUUGAAGGGAGAUUCCGAAUCCCAUACUACAUGUCACAAGACUGUGAGUCUCUGCUCCGCCGGAUGUUGGCUGUGGAUCCAGGGAAGCGGCUGAGCGUUGCACAGAUAAGGCAGCACCGAUGGUUUCAGGGUGUCAGUCCCCAGACUCCUUUGCAGAAUCCUCUCCCUACACCUUGUCUGCAGGUCCUUGCCAUCAUGCAGAAUCUGGGCAUAGACAGAGAGCGCACCCUACAGGCUGUACAGGACGACACGUAUGACCAUUACGCUGCUAUCUAUUACCUCCUGGUGGAGAGGCUUCAGGCGUCUCGUCUCGGACAAGUCUCUUCCCAAACGCCAGCAGCCCUGGACUGCACGAAGAUCUCCUGUUCUGGGGCCCCCCCGAUGCUGUGUCAGCCUCAGGCAUCGAUGGCAGAUUAUGAUUGUGAGCUCAGUGGGCCACUGCAGUUGCUGCUACAUCUGGGGGAGUCGCCGUCCUUAGUGGGGUCCACGUUGUCCCCUUCCUCUCCGCUGCCAGAAGAGCCACAUGAAGCCGCCCCGAGAGGCAGAUCUGAGAGACCAGCGGCUCCAAGCAUCCUGGUCUCCGCGUCUGCUCCAUCUAACAGCCUGGAAAGCUGUCUCCUGUCGUCCUGCGUCCAUCCACCCCCGCUCAAUGCUCAGUCUGCUACUCCUGUCCUGCAGUACCAUGGCAUCACUACCGCCAGCUGUCUCCUCCCGGUCACCUUCCAGGAGGGGCGGAGAGCGUCCGACACCUCCCUCACCCAAGGAACCAGCGUCCUUCGCCAGCUCCGGAGGUCAGUCCGUGUCCGGGGUCUCCUGUGUCUCAGCAAGCUCCGGCACCGAGGGAUCCCUGCCCGUGGGGGGCGCUGUGCAGACAGGUCACAGGGCUUAUUACUGAGUGUGUUACAGCAGCAGAGGUUGCUGCAGAUAUCCCUCUCCUCAGCCGGUCCUCCGGAGCAUCCAGCGGAUUACUGUCCGGACCCCACGUUUCUCCCGGAUUCCUCUAACAGCGUCACACACCCUCAGCUGGGGGUCCCGGAGGCCAAGCAUUGGGGUGUGGUGUGUGACCCUAAUACUGCCCAGUGUGCUGCCUAAUAAGCUAGGGCUGGACCUUUACCUCUAACCCCCCCGUAGCCAGAGAGCCUCGCAAUAUAUCUCAUGCACAAGGGGGCGUCUCUGCGCUGGAGGGGUCUAUACAGCAAUAAUGUCUAAGCACAGAACAAACGGAGAGAAGCGUCUGAUAUUUAUACUGGAAAUGUACCGAGGCCGGAGAAAUGUAUUUAUUCUAGAACAUUAAUAUGUACUGAGUCACUGGCCUCCGCUGCUGUCUAUCCUCCACUGUCUAUCCUCCACUGCUGUCUAUCCUCCACUGUCUAUCCUCCGCAGCUGUCUAUCCUCCACUGUCUCGCCUCCGCAGCUGUCUAUCCUCCGCAGCUGUCUAUCCUCCACUGUCUCGCCUCCGCAGCUGUCUAUCCUCCGCAGCUGUCUAUCCUCCACUGUCUCGCCUCCACAGCUGUCUAUCCUCCACUGUCUCGCCUCCGCAGCCGUCUUGGCCACCACUGUCUCUCAUCUCUGGCCUCCGCACCUGUCUCUUUUUCGGAAGCGUGAAUAAUUAUCGCACAAGUUCCAGUCUGUGACUGAAGGACACUAACGGCCAGGACUCAUUUUUACUCCUAAAAUGACUAAAUAAAUUAUUUUUUUAUACAAA